GUGACGUCAUCACGGCACGUCCUGCCGCAUCGGUUUAAUCUGAUGUUAUGAUGGAUAAACACUACAAAUCAUCAUUUAAUCUUUAAUUUAUUACACAAACAGCGUUAUGGCGGAGGCAGAGGGCAUCAGCAGUGCCUCUCCUACAGAGGAGAUGAACGACGCUGGGAACCUGAUGGACUUCUUGGACGAGCCGUUCCCAGACGUUGGCACUUACGAGGACUUUCACACCAUCGACUGGCUGAGAGAGAAAUCCAGAGACACGGACAGACACCGGAAGAUCACCAGUAAGAGUAAAGAGUCCAUCUGGGAGUUCAUUAAGAGUUUGCUGGACGCCUGGUCAGGAUGGCUGGUGAUGCUGCUGAUUGGUCUGCUGUCAGGCACGCUGGCCGGAGUGAUCGAUCUGGCUGUUGAUUGGAUGACGGAUCUGAAGGAAGGCGUGUGUCUGUCUGCGCUCUGGUACAGUCAUGAGCAGUGCUGCUGGACGUCCAACGAGACCACCUUUGCUGACAGAGACAAAUGUCCUCAGUGGCAGAAAUGGGCCGAACUGAUGACGGGAUACACAGAGGGCGCAGGCGUGUACUUGCUGAACUACUUCCUGUACGUGCUGUGGGCGCUCUUCUUCUCCUUCCUGGCCGUGUCUCUGGUGCGAGUGUUCGCUCCAUACGCCUGCGGAUCAGGAAUACCAGAGGUGCAGAAAACAAAGCUAAUAUGUGACCCUGGAGCACAAAAGCAGUCAGUGAGUUAUUAUUUCCCUCUGAAGACGUUAUGGCGGUCUUUUUUCGCGGCGCUGGUGGCGGCUUUCACGCUGCGCUCCAUAAACCCGUUCGGCAACAACCGUCUGGUUCUGUUUUACGUGGAGUAUCACACGCCGUGGUACAUGGCCGAGCUGGUGCCGUUCAUCCUGCUGGGUGUGUUCGGGGGCCUCUGGGGGACGCUCUUUAUCCGCUGCAACAUUGCCUGGUGCCGGCGGCGCAAGACCACGAGGCUGGGCAAGUACCCGGUGCUGGAGGUGAUCGUGGUGACGGGGAUCACGGCCGUCCUGGCCUUCCCGAACCCGUACACACGGCGCAGCACCAGCGAGCUGAUCUCCGAGCUGUUUAACGACUGCGGCUCGCUCGAGUCCUCACAGCUCUGUGACUACAUCAACAACCCCAACAUGAGCCGACCCGUGGACGACAUCCCCGACAGACCCGCCGGCCCCGGCGUCUACAGCGCCCUCUGGCAGCUCGCGCUGGCGCUCGUCUUCAAGAUCGUCAUCACCAUCUUCACAUUCGGCAUGAAGAUCCCGUCGGGUCUGUUCAUCCCCAGUAUGGCGGUGGGUGCCAUCGCCGGCCGUAUCGUGGGCAUCGCGGUGGAGCAGAUGGCUUAUCAUCAUCACGACUGGAUCAUCUUUAAGAACUGGUGUCGUCCUGGUGCAGACUGCGUCACUCCGGGUCUGUACGCCAUGGUCGGCGCCGCUGCGUGUUUGGGCGGUGUGACGCGGAUGACGGUGUCUCUGGUGGUCAUCAUGUUCGAGCUGACCGGGGGUCUGGAGUACAUCGUUCCUCUGAUGGCGGCCGCUGUCACCAGUAAAUGGGUGGCCGAUGCGUUCGGGAAGGAGGGCAUUUACGAAGCGCACAUCCAGCUCAACGGCUAUCCGUACCUGGACCAGGACGAGUUCACGCACCGCACGCUGGCCACCGACGUGAUGCGACCGCGCCGCAACGAGCCGCCGCUGGCCCUCCUCACGCAGGACAGCACCACGGUGGAGGACGUGGAGACGCUCAUCAAAGACACCGACUACAACGGCUUCCCUGUGGUGGUCUCGCACGAGUCUGAGAGACUCAUCGGCUUCGUGCAGAGACGCGACCUCAUCCUGGCCAUCAAGAGCGCGCGUCAGAAGCAGGACGGGGUCGUCAGUAACUCUGUGGUGCAUUUCACCGAAGACGCUCCGCAGAUUCCCGCGUCGAACCCGCAGCCGCUGAAACUCAGACGCAUCCUGAACCUCAGUCCCUUCACCGUCACUGACCACACGCCCAUGGAGACGGUGGUGGACAUCUUCCGCAAGCUGGGCCUGCGCCAGUGUCUGGUCACACGCAGCGGACGUUUGCUGGGAAUCAUUACUAAGAAGGAUGUUCUGAGACACAUGGCACAAAUGAUGAACCAGGAUCCCGAAUCCAUCAUGUUCAACUAGACUCCACUGUCCGAUCUGUUAGUAAACGCAGUAAACCGUGGCCAAAAGCGGACGGCGUGAAGAUAUACCAGUGUUUUUUACUGCUGUUUUUAUCAUAUUUAUAUUUGACAUGCAUUACUUUAAGCCGUGCUGAUCAACUGUUAAACAGGUGGGAUGAAAAUGAGGUGUUUUUGAAAGCUGCUGUAUUUGAUGUGAGAUGUGCAGAGGAGGCUAUAUUAUUAUAUUCAUUUAUUAAAUGCAAAAGGGUCAAAAUAGAACAAAUAAUCCAGAAUACUAAUCUGCUGUAUGAUAGUGACUGUUUCAUCCAACACUAGGUUUGUGGGAAUCAUUUCUGUUGUGUUGUUAUUUAUUAAUGUUAGUUUUUAUCUACAAGAAUGGUGAGGUUUUUUUUGCUGUUGUAUUGAAACAUGAAUAUUGUCCUUGUAAAAUAAACACUGCAUCUCUGUUACAGAUAUUAAUGUUCAUCCGCUGCUCCAGUUCAGCACAUAAAAAUGAGGGUAUGUUAUAA